CGUUGUAAAGACAUGCCUAUUACAUCAAAGGCCUGAAAACACAAAGCAUUGUAUUGUAUAUUAUAAGAAGGGUAUCAUUUUUAGUUUUAUGAAUCAGACGAAAAGUAAACGACCAUUGAGUCAGUUACAAAAACAUUCAUACGAAACAAAUAGGCGCCUUAGAGACAAUGUUGUCAAAGUCCAGAAGUACGAAGCACGUGAAGAGAAUUUACGACAAAACGUAUUGGAGAGCAGACGUUGUAAAAUGAAGAAAAUGAUGGAAUAUCUAAGGAAAAGACCUGCUGAUUGUGGUGGCAAAACAGUUUCAUCACGUUUUAACUCCAAUAUAGACUGCAAUGGAUCACACUGGGAAAGUGACAACAGCUGGGGUACAGGAAAGUCGAAUUCGAAAGAAGAUGCUUCCGACCAGCUGGAGUUUGCUAUGAGUCUACUUGCUCUAGGUGAAAUUACCCAUGAAUCGAUAACCUCAAAAACGCCAACGCCAACAAGUAACACUCACAGAGCACCAUUAAAGUUUGUUAUUUCAUCACAAACCACCUGUCCAACAAAAUCCCCUACCAGCCAAUCAAUACUCACAUCAAACAGCGCAUCAUUAUCAAUUCCUCAAACAAAGAAAGAUUCAAUUCAUUCAAAGACAAACAUCCCUUCUUGGGGAGCAGAAAUCCAUUCUGACCAAAUCGAUUGUAGCAACAUGAAAAAGUCUUUCCAGGAAAAUCAAGCUAAUUUAUCUGAAACCGAUGAAGAGAUAUCAAGUCUUAGUUCCGAUAUGAAUGCCUCGCCUGUCCCGUGUGUUGAUGUCUCCAGUGUCAGUUUGUCAAGUUCACAAAGAACAACACCAAUUGAAGAUCUCGAUGAUUCUAUUAGUCUAACUGAUAUGGAAUUAUCUAAUGAAAAGGCUGAGAUGAAUUCUGUUCCAAAGUCUACCAGAAGUAUUCUAAAAUCAAGAUCCAUAUCGCCAAGAAUAUGUGUUGAUCAUACAACCUAUGAAUUUUCUCCGGAGGAUUUUAUUGAUCCAUUAUAUGGACCAAGGGAUAGUGUGGAAUUAGCUUCAGUUAGGUUUCAAAUUGGUUAUGCAGCGCCACCGCCACUACCAGCACAGCCACAGCCACCGACAAGCGCUUGUGACACAAUUCCCAAGUCGGAGGUCAUAGAAUCACCACGUACAUCACGGAAAACAGUACGAUUUGCUGAUGAAACAAACGAUAUUUAUCAAACGGUUAUAAAUCCAAUAUUUUCAAAUGUUUUCCCACUGAAAGUUACCUCUGAAUCGUCAGAUUUCAUUACAUCAGUAUAUAAAAAUGAUUCAAUAAUUCCUUCAGCGCAAACAAUGGUAGCCGAAAAUGAAGCCAUAGAAAACAAUUCUACACCGCCAACAUCUUCACAAUUUAUAUCCGUCAGUAUUGGAUUCCCACAGAAUGAAUUCUUCAAAUUUAUCAACACGAAUACAAUGAAUCCAACGACUGAUGAUACUGAGGUUUAUUCCGAAAAAAAUGAAUAUACCACCUUGAAUAAUACUCCAAAAUUAGAUGACAGGGAAGACAUAUACACAAGUCAGUAUGAAACACUCAAGCCAUCGGAGGAGGUCACCACCACCACCACUCCUCUGCCUCCUCCUGCUUCUAAAACACAAUCUAAAGUGUUGCAAAUAUCUUCAAAACGAAUCAACAAAUUACAAGGCUAUGCUGAUCUUAUGAUAGGCAGACCGAAAUUGAAUAAAGAUUUUCUAAUACCACGUCAACAAUUACUUACAUACAGAGUUUCAAUCAGUCCUUUAUUUCAUCAGCAACAACGACCAUCAAAUGUUAAUCGACCCAUGAAUUCUCUGAGCAACAAUCAUAUUUCUACAAAUUUGGAAAGUGUAUCAAGCUCACCGAGUAAUCUAUUUUCUGAUAUGUCUAGUAGGCAUACGUCUGUGCGCAGUCCGAUCAACACAAUGACAAAUUCACCUACCUAUGAUACAACUGGCUAUUCAUCUUCUGAUACAACAGUUAACAUUGAAACGGGUAAUAAUGAUGAUGAUGCUGCUGAUGAUGACGAUGUGAAUCUACCUGAUUACGAAGGAAUCAAUAUACCUUUCGAAAAUAACAAUCAUGAUAAUACUACUACUACUCAUACGAAUUUCUCUUCACUGCCAACAACCACUGAGGAAAUUAGUAAGCAUCAGGAAAAAGUGAACAUCACCCAACCCAUUGUAUCUGAUCUCACAACUUGCACAAAAAAUGUGAUAGGCCCAAAAAAGCAACAAAUCCAAAAAGAAUUUAGAAAGCAAUCUCCUGUGAUUUGUAAUGGUAAUAAUACCAACCAUAAUUUGAAUAAUGGAAACCAAGACAGAGAACAUUCUGAACACCUUCUAGUCAAUGUUCAGCAAAGACAACUCUCUAAAUCAUCUUUGCCAUUAUAUACAACAUCUGCAAGACUGUUAAGUCGUCGGCCACGAGUAUGUGAACCUUCAGAUGUCAAUCAAAAUCUUCAAAAAACAAAAUUGUUUACGUCGACUUGUGAAUUUGAAUCAAGCACAUCCGAAAAUAAUUCACACGAAAUCUUAUCAAAGGUAAAUGAUCCUCCAGUGAACAAUUCUAAUACCUAUUGGUUUCGUUUACACACUGAUGGUUACUCAGAAAAAGAUGAUUUCCCUCAGACUGAGAAUUCUACUCAAAAUGAUUAUGACAAUCUUGAUUCAAUUCAUACUUCCUCUCCUCCGCCUCCGUCGCCGCCUACAUCAACCUCUAGACAACCUGUGAAUUCAUUUGUCACCAAUGUAUUUGGAUCCAGAUUAGAAUGUUCCACUUACUCAUCAUCACAAAUCCAUGAUGUAACCAGCAGUUUGAAUGAAUUUCUUAAUUCAGAAAGAGAAUGUCAACAACACCAACAUCAGACAAGACAACAGUCUCAGUCUCGUCAUAAGCUGAAGGAUGAAUCAAAAAUCAAUCAAGCACUUAAACCAAUCCACGUUAAUACAGAAAUAUUCAACCAUUCUACUCCUAGAGUUAAAAAACGAACGAAAGUGCCAUCAGCCUUGUCAGUGGAAGAAGAAAAUUUGGUAAAAUCACUUGAACGUCUUAACAAGCGACUGAACGAAAUUCUUACUCAUCAUUAUUGAAUGAAUUCACCGAGAAUUCAAUCGAAAGAGCAGCAGAACAUUUACGCAAAAACAGCAACACGUCGAAAACAAUCCUACUGUAAAUUUUUUUUAAAUAACUGUACAGCAAAUGAAAACUACUUGGGUUAGACUUCAACUAGAUGGUGUUCAUUCCAACAUUUUACAAUUUGCUUAGCAACGAUAUCAUUAUAUUUAUCACAUUGAGAGACUCAGUUGACGCCAACGAAAUGACAGAAAAACACGCAUCAUACUACUUACGUGAUAUUUUCAAAAUAAAUAACUUUUAUGUGUAAAAAAAUAAAUACAGAAGCCGCUAGUCGUCAGAAUAAAAGCAAUACCAAC